AUGGAUGCUCGCAAGGCCUCAAAGAAACGCAAGGCGGUCACUCGCGAUGUCGAGGAGGAAGCGGGUGUUUUCUCUGGAGAUGAAUUGAGUGCCGAGAACCUCGAUGGUGCCCUUUCCGACAACGCAAACGACCUGUCCGACAGCGAAGAUGACGACUCUGAGAUUGAACUGAUUGAUGACUUCAGUGAUGAGGAUGGUGAUGAGGAAGAGGAGGAACUGGAUAGUGAUGAGAUCCCUUCUGAUGUCGAGAAAGAGCCCAAGAAGCCUGCCGUCAAGGAAUGGCACCCCGAGGAGCCCAAUGUUCGCAUCGUGAAAGACGCCAAUGGCAACGAGCGCUACCUUUACGACGAAAUCCACCCGGACGACAACUCGGACUACUCGGACAUUGAAGAGAAUGCCAACACCAUUGGUGAUAUCCCUCUUUCCUUCUACGACCAGUACCCUCACAUCGGUUACGAUAUCAACGGCAAGAAGAUCAUGCGUCCUGCCAAGGGCGAGGCGCUCGAUGCCUUGCUCGACAGCAUUGAGAUCCCCAAGGGCUGGACUGGUCUGACCGACCCCGCCACCGGAAAGCCCCUGAACCUGACCCAGCAGGAAUUGGAGCUGCUGAAGAAGGUGCAGAUGAACGAGAUCCCUGGCGAAGGCUACGACCAAUACGAACCCUUGGUCGAAUAUUUCACCAGCCAGCAGGAGAUCAUGCCCCUCAGUGCUGCCCCGGAGCCCAAGCGUCGCUUUGUCCCGUCUAAGCACGAGCAAAAGCGUGUGAUGAAGCUCGUCAAGGCCAUCCGCGACGGCCGCAUUCAACCUUGGAAGGCUCCUGAGGACCGCGAGGAGGUGGACGAAAACCUCAUCAACUUCGACCUCUGGGCCGACGAGCAGGAGCGUCCGGAUCACAUCAUGCAUGUCCCUGCACCUAAGCUUCCGCCGCCCGGAUAUGAGGAGAGUUAUCACCCUCCUGCCGAGUAUGUUCCUGACAGCAAGGAGCGCAAAGCUUGGGAGCAGGCCGACCCCGAGGACCGUGAGAAGGAAUUCCUGCCAAACGACUUUGGCUCUCUCCGCAAGGUUCCUGGCUACGAGAACUUUGUCCAGGAGAAGUUCGAGCGCUGUCUCGAUCUGUAUCUUGCGCCCCGUGUUCGACGCAGCAAGCUCAACAUCGACCCAGAGAGUUUGCUCCCCAAGCUUCCCAGCCCCGAGGAGCUCAAGCCCUUCCCUACAACAUGCGCCACUGUUUUCCGCGGCCACAAGGGUCGUGUUCGCUCGCUCAAUGUGGAUCCUACUGGAAUCUGGCUCGCGACUGGUGGCGACGAUGGUACCGUCCGUGUCUGGGAGAUUCUCACCGGCCGUCAACUGUGGAGUGCUAAGCUCAGCGAUGAGGAUGCCGUCAAUGUUGUCCGCUGGCGUCCCGGCAAGGAUGCCGUUGUCCUGGCCGCCGCCUGUGGCGACGACAUUUUCCUCUCCGUGCCUCCAAUUGCCGACCCCGAGAUCGAGAAGGCAAGCUUCGAGGUCCUUGAUGCUGGCUGGGAUGUCGGUGUCUGCGCUGUCAUCCCUCUCCGAUACGUCCCCAAGUCCAUCUCCUGGCACCGUCGUGGAGACUACUUCGUCAGUGUCUGCUCUGGCGCCUCAACCCCCGCCUCCGUCGCGAUCUCCAUCCACACCCUCUCCAAGCAUCUCACCCAAUUCCCCUUCCGCCGCCGUCUCAAGGGUGGUGGUCCCCCUCAAACCGCCCACUUCCACCCCUCCAAGCCAAUUCUGUUUGUCGCCAACCAACGCUCCGUCCGCGGCUACGAUCUCUCCCGCCAGCUUCUGGUCAAGAUCCUCCAACCCGGUGCACGCUGGAUCUCCUCCUUCGAUAUUCACCCGACUUCAUCCAGCGCCUCGGGCGGCGACAACAUCAUCAUCGGUUCUUACGACCGCCGUCUGCUCUGGCACGAUCUGGACCUCUCGCCACGACCCUACAAGACCCUCCGCUACCAUCGCAAGGCUAUUCGUGCCGUCAAGUUCCACCCUGGUGGUCGGUACCCGCUUUUCGCCGAUGCCAGUGACGACGGAUCGUUGCAGAUCUUCCACGGUAGCGUUACGGGCGAUAUGCUCAGCAAUGCUAGUAUCGUUCCUCUUAAGGUUCUCAAGGGCCACAAGGUUACUGCUGAGCUGGGUAUUCUGGAUAUUGACUGGCAUCCGCGUGAGGCGUGGCUUGUUAGUGCCGGUGCUGACGGAACGUGCCGUUUGUGGAUGUAA